UGUCAUGUUGACAUUUUGCCGUAACCAGAAAAAGAAUUUCAAUUUCUAUGGUGUGCUAUUUUGAAAAAAAUCUAUUUUCAUAAAUAAAAUUAAAACAAAAAUACUGAAAAACUAAGCAUGCAAUCACUUAACAAGCUUUCCCCACGGAAUUAUAUUGUAAGUUCAUUAAAUGGCAAGAACCUUGUAAGGUUCUUUGCGACUGCCAAAGACGAUGAGCAACUAGAAGUCUCAGAUAAACCGCCUUCGUUCGUCGAGGAAGAGAUCGAAGAACCAAAACCAGAAAGUUUCUUCAACAAAUCGGGUCUUCUAGUGCAACAUCGGAAAUUCUUGCACAACGAACGCCCCUACAGUGAACCACAUUCGUGGAUUCAUCUGACUGAGAAAUACCAACGCAAACAACUGGGUCGCUAUGGUUUGGCGAGUGGAGUCGAUCCCAGAAUUUGCUUCCCAACACAAAAAGAUAUUGACGCUCAAGAACGAUACGAAAAGGUUGCUUUCCCCUAUACACUGCAAGAAUUGCUAGCCAGGGCUAAGAACGAGGAUAAACUGGCGAAGGAGCAAAUUCAAAAGCGAGAGGAAGAAAUCGAAAAGAAGCUGGAAAAACUUGAGCAAUGGAAAGCCGAUUUGAAUGCUAAAAUCGCCAAAAAAGAAGCCGAUGCAUUAGUCGCUAGACAACGCAAGGAGCGUCUGGUAGAAGAAGUGCGCAGACACUUUGGCUUCAAGGUUGAUCCCCGUGACGAACGAUUCAAGGAGAUGUUGGAGCAAAAAGAAAAGGAAGACCGCAAGAAACAGAAGGAGGCCAAGCGUAAGGCCAAGGAGGAAAAGAUGAUGGCCAAGUUGAUUGCUAAACCUGCAGCAGGAGGCAAGAAAGUCAAGGAUGAUUCAGUUCAGUAAAAAUGUAGAAUUAAAUAAAAUACAAUAAAAUAUUGGUACACUAAA